UUUCCAGUUCCUGAAAGCCUCUUUGAGGAAGCUACUGUGCAACCUUAUGUUAACAACUGCUUUGUCACCAUGCACGAAGGGAGACACACCUAUCAAUUUUGUGUAUUAUUCAAGUGGCAUCUUCAUCUAAGAGCCAACUCACUCCUCAGCAGUGGUGAUCAUCAAUUCCAAGGUGACGCAGUAGUCACAAGGAUUGGGGUUAAAAACCCAUCUAUUGUGAACAUGCGAGGAAGAGACAAUGCAUUUGCCGACUUCAUAAUUCACCAGUGA